AUCCACCUUUCCCUAUACCCACACCCUAAACACAAUAGCAAAAGAAAAGAAAAGAAAAGAAAAAAAUCAAAGAUGGAUCUCUCAACCAAAUCAACAACAACACUACUCUUCUUUGUCAUCUUUACGCUCACUCUUUCUUCUCUCCUCUCCAUCUCCACCUCACAGGACCUCGCUCCUUCUCCUUCUCCUCCCUCCGUCGAUGACUCAUCAACCUCCUCCUCAUCGCCGUCAUCAUCUGCCGCCCCUACGCAAUCAAGUUCCGCCACGUCAGCUGUUGAACCAGCUGACGCUUCCUCUCCAUCAGGUAGUGUCUCCGGUGACCUCACCACCGCCGAUCCUCCCACCGUCGACGACGCUUCUUCCUCCUCCUCCGCUCCAUCCCCGUCGCCCGAUGCCUCGUUCCCUUCGUUCCCGACGAUGUUCUCCAUGAAAUUGGAGCGCAAGAUGCAAGAGAGUUCCAUGACCAAGCCGACGGACUUGGUGAGGGAGUUGUGCUCGGGGGCCGAGAACCCCGGCAAGUGCAUGGAGUUCUUCCGCGAUUCGCGCUCCGACGACCCGGCAGAGAUCAUCAACACCGAGAUCGGAACAUUAAGGACGCUGGUCAACGAAGGGAUCUCUGCCGCCACCAAGGUCAGGCGACAAGGAAAUACUGGUGCUGUCUUGGAUGUUUGCCUUGAGAAUUACGACAAGGCCAUGGGGAACCUCGACAAAGCAUCCGCCACGUGUGCGAAGUGCAUUCGUGCGAACCCUAAGUGCUCUCCCAAGAGCACCGGCGAAGUUAAGACCAUGCUCAGUGCGGUCGUCUCCAACGUGGGAUACUGUGACGAGGCGUUUAGUGCUCAAGGCGUCGCCCCGCCGAUGAAGGCUACCAAUGAAGCCGUGAUUGAGUUGACCGAUUGGUUGUUGGAAUUUUGUAAGAAAUUAGGAAAGAAGUAUUAAACAAAACAGAAAACAAAACCGGACGUACGUGAGUUUGUGUGUUUAUGAAAAGAAUAAGUUAUGAAUACAGAUCUUAUAUAUAGGGGGAAAAUAAGUGGAAAAUUAUGUGUACUUGCAAUUGCGAUAUAAUAAUUUCUCAAUUUUGUUUGCGUAAUCCAGUAACGAAAAGAAAAAGAAUUCAAUACUUAUUUUAAAUCAAUUUUUUGGAUCAAUAUUUGAUCAACUUUUCUAUCAAUAUUUUUUUUAUUUGCAUCAAAGUAUUUGAAUUUUUAAAAAGAAUACAUAAGCCUUCCUUCUAGGAGCAGUAAUCGGUUAUGGUCGUUUUAACUAUAACCGUACUAGUAAAGAUGGUUAGCGAUU